AAAAGCAAGAGAAAGGAAGGAAUCCAAGUCCAAGGGAGUUCAAUCAGCUGCCAACGCCCUCCGUCCUCAUUAACUCCCGCCGGCCUACAACUGCAAGUCUGCAACCCUCCCUAUUUGAUUCCGCCCAAUCAAUCAAAUCCAUCGAUCCGGAUUCCCAAUGGCCUCCACCGCCGCCGCCGGCAACGGCACCGGCAGCGUCCUCCCCACCCACACCGCCCCCGCCUGGCCGUCCUCCAAGCCGCCCCCACCCAAGCACAACCCUCGCCGCCGGCGCUGCCUCUGCGUGUGCCUCCUCGUCACCCUCGCCGUCCUCCUCGCGCUGGCCAUCACCCUGCUCGUCCUCUUCCUCACCGUCCUCAAGGUCCGGGACCCCACCACCCGCCUCGUCUCCACGCGCCUGGCGGGGGUCGCCCCGCGCCUCACCUUCCCGGCCAUCUCCCUCCAGCUCAACAUCACGCUGCUGCUCACCGUGGCCGUGCACAACCCCAACCCGGCCUCCUUCGCCUACGACUCCGGGGGCCACACGGACCUCACCUACCGGGGCGCGCACGUCGGGGACGCCGAGAUCGACCCGGGCCGGAUCCCCAGCAAGGGCGACGGGGAGGUGAAGCUGGCGCUCACGGUGCAGGCGGACAAGCUGGCGGAAGACCUGGCGCAGCUGGUGGCGGACGUCGAGAGCGGGUCGGUGGCCAUGGAGGCCAGCACCAGGAUCCCCGGGAGGGUCACCAUCCUGGGGCUCUUCAAGAGGCACGCCGUGGCCUACUCCGACUGCAGCUUCGUCUUCGGCGUCGCGGAGAUGCGGGUGCGGAGCCAGCAGUGCCACGACCGCACAAAGCUGUGAUCGAUCGCCCGUGUUGUUCGGUGCGGGUUCACGUCACGUCACGUCACCCCCGUCGGCGUCGGCACCCACAAGCUGUCUCGCUCAUAUGGAGUCGCGUCGACAUUAUUCUUCGUCUCAUGAUCAUACGAGAUAGACGGAUCAUUCUGUAUUUUCUGUUAGAGAGCCACAUGUACGCAGAGAUGCCUGGAUGGAUUAGGAACUCUGGUUCCUUGUUACCGGAUGUUGAUAUUGAGGUACUGUAUAAUGAUGGGCUUGAUCAUUGCUUCUGUACAUAAACAGUGUUGGAUGAAUACAUGGAUUGCUUUUGUACUUCCAUUA